GAAGGAAGGAAGAAAGCCCGAAGUCACGUAUAACUUGUGUUGAAAGUUAUUAUUACAAGUUAUUGCUUGGAAUACUAGUGUGAAGAGACCAAGACUUUGACCCACAUUUGUGAAUCGCUCCACUAACCUAUAUAAAUUCGUCCACUGACCUAUAUAAUAUGUUGGGUAAAAUUCCUCUUCUCAAUGCCAAGAUUUCCAAGAAUUCAACUAAGGAUCGGAGAAGGACAGGAGAGAAUAAGAUGGAGAGAAGGUAUCAUCCGCACUUUGUAAGCCAUUGUAGGAUACUAACGUCGUAUAAAUAAGGAAUCAACCUAAACCCAUAAAUAUCGACUUACCGAACAUGGACGAGCGUUUUCAUCAGAGAGUUAUCAGAGUGCUUCUAAAGUAAAUGAGGGUGGCACAACUAUUACUGUGGUGCGUACUACUCGAAGAUUAUGGUGGCAAUCUCGGCAGGGCGGCAAUUACCAGUGACUCCAUACGACAAGACGCCGCCUCCGCUUCUGCCCCCGCCUCUGCCCCCAUCUCUGCCUCAGCUUCUGCCUCUGCUGCUGCUGCUGCUGCAGCCGCCGUUUCUUCCUCCUCGUCCGCAACGAAUCCUACAUUACCAGAUGCCCCAAAUUUUUCAGAAGCGAUCGGUAACGUGACCGCAGCGAUCGGCAAAGAGGCUAUUCUAUCCUGCACAAUCCGGAAGUUGGGUAAUUACAAGGUAGGAUGGCUACGAGUAGAGGAUCAGACGAUAUUGUCGAUGGGUCAACGAACGGUGACCCAUUCAGCCCGUUUCCUAGUCACCAUGGAAAAGGCCAAGGCAAAGAAUCAGACCCAUUCGAGAGAGGACGAGGAGGCCACUUGGAGUCUCCAUAUUCGCCAACUCAGGAAGGCCGAUCGAGGUUGCUACAUGUGCCAAAUCAACGCUCAGCCCAUGUUGAGCCAGCUGGGAUGCGUCGACGUCCUAGUUCCCCCUGACAUAUUGAGUUCUGGUACAUCGGAGGGAGAGGUCUCGGUUUUAGAAGGAGAAAAUGCAACGCUUUCUUGCAAGGCAUCGGGUAGACCAGCACCACGCGUACUUUGGAAAAGAGAGAAAAGUGAUUUCAUUCUGAUGAGAGGUCUUCACGAGACUUUAAUUCAAGUGGACAGCCAGUCCGGCGAGAAGCUGGAAUUAACGAGGGUAGACAGGAGGCAAAUGGGAGCUUAUCUUUGCAUAGCCAGAAACGAAGUACCACCGACAGUCAGCAAAAGGGUUUACCUCAGAGUGAACUUCGCCCCAAUUGCAAAAGUGCGUAAUCAAUUAUUGGGUUCGCCAUUGGACACGGAUGUCUCAUUGAUCUGUUCGAUCGAAGCUUAUCCAAAGACGAUCAACCUGUGGACCCGGAAGGAACAAGUGAUCAUGAGCGGCGGAAGAUACGAGAUCGACGAACGUAGCCAACCGGAGGAAGAAUGGAAGACGACGAUCGAGCUCAAGAUAAAGCGUCUUCAGAAGACGGAUUUAGGAGAAUACACGUGUUCGGCAUCCUCUAGUAUGGGAAAAGCCGAAGCCACUAUCAGGGUAUAUGAGAUAGAACGUGCUACGUUACCAACGCGUGCGACCUCGCCAACCUGGAGAAAACAGAACAAAGGUGGUAAAUCAAAAAGCAUUCUUGGGGUCUCUACGGUCAAUCGAGUUUUCCACCAGCUGAGCACCCCGGCGAUGCAGAAGAGUACAUCCCGAUUGAUCUUCGGUAACAAAUACUCAACGACAUCGACUACCGUUGAUCCACGUGGCUCAUCAUCGAUCGUCGUAAAAGGAAAUAAUGGUUACACCGAUGAGAAAAAAAGCGAAUCUAAGAAGGAACCGAAGGUAGAAAAUGUCGCGAACAUCGGCAAUUUUAUCUUCAACAAACAAAUAUAUACGAUCUGCUUAACGUUUUUAUCGACCAUACGAUAAAAUGAGUUAUAUACGUUUCUCUUGAUUACUAUAUCCAUAUAUAUCCAUACAACCAAUCUUCACCAGAAAUACCGCAACAACCAACCACCACUACCACCGCAACAGCCACCACACCGCCAUUCUUUGUCUCACUCUCAAUCAUAUUCUUCUUCUAACACUCAGAACCACCCCUCACCCAACCCACAUCCCCCACAUCCCCCACAUCCCCCACAUCUCCCACAUCUCCCUCAACCCCUUUUUUUUCUCUCAUCCUUUGCGAAGCUGUGUGUGGACCCACCUCCCCCUUCUUGUACGGUGUUAAUAAAAAGAUGAUAAGGUAUGUGGUAAUAAUGGAAAGAGUAAAGAGGACAUUAAGCCGCGUUAGGGCGUAAUUCUUUGCGAAUUUCAAACAAGUUCUAUCAGAUAUUGAACGCUUACGAAUGUAUUUUUUAUGAACCUUUUGUCCCUGUCUCCUCGCGAAUGAAGGAGAAAAAAUAAAGAAAAGAAAAAUCAAAAAAGAGAAAGAGAGAGAGAGAGAGAGAAAGAAAAAACGAGAGAGGAAAAGUUAAAAAUAAUAAUAAUAAUUAUAAUAAUAAUUAUAAUAAUAAUUAUAAUAAUAAUUAUAAUAAUAAUAAUAAUAAUAAUAAUAAUAAUAAUAAUAACAAAAAGAUGAAAAAUACGAGUAAAUGGACGAGAGGCGUCCUGCUUUUUUGUUAAUACUCAUCGAACGUGUUUUAAUCUCGGGUAUUUUUGAAGGAAGCCUUCAUUGUCGAAAUCGAUCGAUCGAUCGUCUUCAUUUACUUUUUUCGAUAGAAAAUUACGGGGUACUUUUAUAUAUAUAUAUAUAUAUCAGGUCAGUCCAAAAGUUCGUGCGCAUUUUUAAAUGAUAUACAUGCUACUAAUUCGCACGAACUUUUGGACUGACCUGAUAUAUACAUAUAUAUAUAUAUAUAACGGAUUAGUAUGUCGAAAGCCUUAUACAUACAUAAACGAACGUAAAGGGUCAUGUUUUGAACGCAUCGUUAGUGCCGUUCCGUUCGUUCGUUCGAGUAUUUGCUAACAUAACCACGAAAAAAAAGAAGAAGGAAAAAAGAAAAAGGAAAUUUAGAGGUUAAAAAGAUUUUACGUCGAAUUACGACGAACGUCGUAAUAAAAAAAGUAAAGAAAAAGAAAGGGGGGAAAAAAAAAAAGAAAAAGGUUAAAAAAAAGAAAAAAGAACAUCGAAUGACGUCGAUACAGCGAUUAAAAAUCUUUGAUAACAUUUAUGUAAUUUAACAAACGUUUCCUUUCAUUUCGUUCUCGUCUGGAUGAAACUUUUUAUAACCUCAAAUUUUGAACUACUCGAUCGAUAAAUAAAAAGAAAAAAAAAAAAGAAAAAAAAGAGGAAGAAAAAAGAAAAAUAAAAAAGAAGAAAUAAAUAAAUAAAAUAAAUACAAAAUAAAUUGUAAAACAGGCGAGAAUAUCAAAGGAUGCUGAGUUGUAUAAUUCCACCUAACGAUGCAUCAUCAUAAACCAAUAAGCAUAGAAACUCACGUAUAAGCCCGAUGUUACAUUAAAAGAAAAGAAAAAAAAAAAAAAAGAAGAGAAAAAAAAACGAAAAAACAAAACAAAACAAAACAAAAAAAAAAGAACAAACAGACAAGAAAUAAAAAAUCAAAAGUGGAUACUUGCCCGUGUAAUAUAUUAGAUAUGUUUGCGCUCGUACGUUAGGUGGUAAUAGAAAGCUUCGUUUCUAUACGCUUUUACCUUUUGCAUAUCGUUAUGUAACGAUACCUAUAUAAAUAUAAGUCUUUAUAAAGGUACACAUUUCGACGUUAAAUUCCAUUGUCGUCGGUUAACCUACAAUUAAAAGUAUUUGCUCGGUAACAGAGAAAAAAAGCGAAAGAGAGAGAGAGAGAGAGAGAGAGAGAGAGAGAGAGAGAGAGAGAGAGAGAGAGAGAGAGAGAGAGAGAGAGCGAGAUAUAAU